UUAUCAACACCACCAUCGACUUUUGCAAACUUUGUCGUCUCUACUAUUCUAGCUAGAUUCCCAAAGACACACUCUCUCUCUCUACACUCCCCACUCAACAGUCCCUUCUCUCUCUCUGCAUUGACACACUCUGUUUUAUUGUACUCCUCUCUUUCUCUCUCUCUCUCUCUCUCUCUCUUCCAAGCUUGUUCCUUUUCAUUGCAUGAUGACUCUCUUGUCUAAAUUUUGAAGUACUUUAUUCUCAUUUGUAGAGUUUCUCAAUGGAUGAAACUGGUGAUGAAGAUUUCAAUAGGUGCUCAAGAAAUGGGUCAGGUGGAUGGAGGUGCAAGGAGAAAGCUUUAGCUGGAAAAACCCUAUGUGAGAAACACCAUCUCUAUAACCUUGAGAGAACAAAAGAGAAAGGAAAAAAAAGAAAACUUGAAGAAAAUAGUUCACAAACUGGUGGAGGUGAAGUUAAAUGGUUGUUUAGUGAUGAUCAUAAUGGUGGUGGUGGGACCCAUGUUGUUGAGGAAUUUGCAGGUCUUUUUGGUGGAAAUGAAGUGAAUGGUGGUGGUGUUAAUUUUGGUUUUGGUGGUGAAAGUUUUAAUCUUUUUGGUCAACAACAAAUUGGUGGUUUUGGUCAAGGAUGUGGAAAUCUAGAAUUUCAACUUGGUGAUGGUGUUGGGAAUAGUGUUGCUGGUUUAGGUCAACCAUGGAAUAGUGUAGGUGUAUUUGGUAAUGCUGGUGGUGUUGUUUCUGGAAAUAGGGUAGGUGGUGUUUGUGAAAAUGCUUUUCUUGGUAUUUCUUCUGAAGGUUUGGUUGCUGGUGAAGCUGGUUUUGGAAGUUUAUAUGAUAGAAGUUUUCAAGCACUUCUUUGUCAAGGUAGGGUUUGUGAUGAAGAUGUGAGUUUAAUUGGUGGUAGUAAUAGUACUGGCUUUCAAGGGUUGGUUGGUGAAAGUGGUUAUGGUUUUAGAAGUGUAGGAAAUCUAAGUCAAUGUGGUAAAUUUGUAGGUGAAAAUGUUGGGAGCAUUGUGGUUCCUGAGUCAAGUAACAAGGUGAUUGCAGCAGUUGGUGUGGACGAGGGAAUGGAAAAGUUGUUAAGUGGAGGAGUUUGUAUCGAUGAAAAGGCGAAAGAUGAAGGGUUGAAGCCUUUGAUUAAGAUGGGUAGGCCUAAGGGUUCUAAGAAUAAGAGUAAGAAAAAAGAUGUUAACUUUGGUUUGGAUGGAGGAAGUGUUUGUGGAAGUGAUAAUAAUAAUGUAGGAACAAUUGGGAUGAGUGGUGUCACAAUUUUAGAGAGUGGAAAACCAAUUUUUUGUGGUAAGGCUGAUCAUGAAGGUGUGGACUUGGGUGAGAUUGGAAGGACGGAGAAGCGUGGUCACGUGGGUGAUUGGAAGCAUGGAAGGGAGAUUGUUCUGGGGGUUGGUUAUGAAGUUGCUGGUGAUGAUGAUAUUUCAACACCUAGGAAGCGCCGUGGAAGGAAGGGCUUGAUAGACAAACAGGAGAAUGUAGAUGAGGUUUGUAAUGAAGUUGAUGGUGUUAGUGAGGUUGCAAGGCCAAAGAAGCGUGGUCGGCCAAAGGGUUCGGUAAACAGAAAGAAGAAUGUAAAGGAGGUUACCGAUGAAGUUGGUGAUUCUAGUGAGAUGGCAAGGCCGAAGAAUAUAGAGGAGGUUAGUAAUGAAGUUGGUGGUGCUAGUCAGGUUGCAAGGCCGAAGAGUAUAGAGGAGGUUAGCAAUGAAGUUGGUGGUGCUAGUGAGAUUGCAAGGCCGAAAAGGCGUGGUCGGCCGAAAGGUUCAAAAUGUGGAACAGAGAAUGUUAUGGAGGUCAGUAAUGAAGUCGUUGGUGAUGGCAAGAUUGCAAGGCCAAAGAAGCGUGGACGGCCAAAAGGUUCAAAAUGUGGAAAGGAGAUUGUCCUUAAGGGUAGUGAUAAAGUUGCUAGUGCUGGUGAGAUUGAAAGACCAAAGAAGCGUGGUCGACCAAAGGGUUCAAAAAAGGCAAAAUGGGUAACCUAUGUAUGUGCUUCUAAAAUCGAAGGAGCUGAUGAGAUUGCAACACAAGGUUCAGAAAACAAAAAGCUGAGCAUUCUGUGUCAAAAAGGCGCGGACAAGUUUGCAAGCCUAACUAAUAAACUUGGUCCAGCAUUGUGUACAAGGAAUAAAUUGAGAGGUACUGUAUCUGAGGAUCAGGAGUGUCAAGGAAUGUCUGUUGAUAUUCAUCUCGAAGUUGACAAUGGAACCAUGCGUGCCUUGCCGAGUGGUUUGGAGAUUACUACAUUGGUUCCUUUAUUAUGUGAGCAGGAAAAAGGGAUACAUUCUGAAGCCGCCGAUCAUAUUGAAAACAUAACUACUCAGCCGAUAGUUAAGCGUGGUCGACCUAAGGGCUCAAUGAGCAAGAAGAAAAAACUAGAAGAUCAAGAAUUGCCUGUCCAAACCCUUAUUCAAGAUGCGGUUCAAAAUGAUUGUAAUGUUAAACUAAAGCGAGGUCGGCCCAAGGGAGUUAAAAAUAAGAAAAGUAUUGCUGGUGAAGCUGGAAGCAAGUUAUUAGUUAAGGCCAAAAAAAGGCGUGGUAGGCCAAAGGGUUCUGGGAAAAAGCAAAAGAAGAUUGCUCUGCCUCUUCCAUUGCAUUCUCGGAUUGAAAGGCGUGGUAGGCCAAAGGGUUCUGGCAAAAAGCAAAAGGAGAUUGCUUUUCAAUUGGAUUCACAGAUUGAAAGUCAGAAGAGUACUUGUUUUGACGUAGUUUUGAGUACGAUUAUGCCGCAGCAGAAGCAUGUACACGAGGAGUCCGAUUCAACACUGGAAGAUCAAGUGAAUAAGAAAGAAAAGUCAGAUGUUGUACUUGGGUGCUCGAAGGAGUCUGGAAUUGAAAAGAUAACAAAAGGAUUGAUGAGUGAAUCCAGCAAUGUCCAUAAGAGGUGCAGUGAAAGACUAAGAAAAUUACUAAUCGACGAUAAGAGUUCUCCAUAUGUUGAAGUGGAAGAAACUACAGACCAUGAGCACGAGAGUUCUCAGGAUGUUGAAGUGGAAGCAACUAUAGACCAUGAUCACCAGAGUUCUCAGGAUGUUGAAGUGGACGAAACUAUAGACCAUGACCACAAUAGUUCUCAGGAUGUUGAAGUGGACAAAACUAUAGACCAUGACCACAAGAGUUCUCAGGAUGUUGAAGUGGAAGAGACUAUAGACCAUGACCCCAAGAAUUCUCAGGAUGUUGAAGUGGAAGAAACUAUAGACCAUGGAUUGGAAUCUCCACAUUUGAUGGGAGAAUCCAAUACCAAACGGGCGCCAAGGAAUUCAAGGUGUCAUCAGUGUUGGAAUAAAAGUAGGACUGGUCUUGUUGCUUGUACCAAGUGCAAAAGAAAGAAAUAUUGUUACGAGUGCUUAGCAAAGUGGUACCCUCAUAAAACUAAAGAGGAGGUCGAGACUGCUUGUCCCUUUUGUCUCGAUAAUUGCAAUUGUCGACUGUGCUUGAAGAAAACUAUAUCUAUUCUGAGUGGGAAUGGUGAAGCAGAUAAAGAUGUCAAGUUACAGAAAUUGUUUUUCUUGCUUAACAAAACUUUGCCUUUACUCCAACAUAUCCAACGUGAGCAGAGAUUGGAAUUGGAAGUAGAAGCAAGCAUACACGGUUCCCUGUCGGUGGAAGAGGAGGAUAUUAUGCAGGCAGUAGUGGACAACGAUGAUCGAGUUUAUUGUGACAACUGCAAUACAUCCAUUGUCAAUUUCCACAGAAGUUGUCCCAAUCUUAAUUGUCGGUACGAUCUCUGUCUCACUUGUUGCAUGGAAAUAAGAAACGGAGUAGUUCAUUGUGAAGAUAUUCCUGCUAGCGGUAAUGAGGUAACGCUUGAUACACCGGAACUAAGAAACGGAGUAGUUCAUUGUGAAGAUAUUCCUGCAAGCAGUAAUGAGGUAAUGCUUGAUACACCGCCUGUAACUAUUGCUUGGAGAGCUGAGGCAAAUGGUGGCAUACCUUGCCCUCCAAAAGCUAGAGGAGGUUGCGGUACUGCUAUCCUCUCACUGAGGCGCCUUUUUGAAGCCAAUUGGAUUGACAAAUUGACUAAGAAUGUGGAGGAACUUACCGUCAAAUAUCAGCCACCUGUUGUUGAUCUUUCUCUAGGAUGUUUAGAGUGCUGUAAUUUUAAGGAAGAUGCGGCACAAAAUUCUGCAAGGAAGGCAGCUUCAAGAGUAAAUGAUCGUGACAACUUUUUGUACUGUCCGGAUGCCGUUGAAAUGGGAGACGAGGAAUUCAAGCAUUUCCAAAGACAUUGGAUAAGAGGUGAACCUGUUAUAGUUAAGAAUGUGUAUAAAAAGGCUAGUGGCCUUAGCUGGGACCCAAUGGUGAUGUGGAGAGCUUUUAUUGGGGCAAGGAAAGUAUUAAAAGAGGAGGCUGCUAGUUUUAAAGCCAUUGACUGCUUGGAUUGGUGCGAGGUACAAAUCAAUGUGUUUCGGUUCUUCAAAGGCUAUUUGGAAGGGCGUAGGUACAGAAACGGAUGGCCAGAGAUGCUGAAGCUAAAGGAUUGGCCUCCAUCAAAAUCUUUUGAAGAGUGUUUGCCAAGGCACGGUGCUGAGUUUAUAGCUAUGCUUCCUUUUAGUGAUUAUACGCAUCCAAAAUCCGGUAUUUUAAACCUUGCCACAAAGCUCCCUGAUGUUUUGAAGCCAGAUUUGGGUCCUAAAACAUACAUUGCUUAUGGAUCUUUAGAAGAGUUAAGUAGAGGUGAUUCCGUGACAAAACUACACUGUGACAUUUCAGAUGCGGUCAAUAUUUUGACACACACAUCUGAGGUAAAGACGCCGCUAUGGCAAGCCAGAAUCAUAAAAAAGUUACAGAAGAAGUAUGCGGUUGAAGAUAUGCGUCAGCUCUAUGGUCAGAACAAUAAAGCAGUAGGUUCACGUGGAAGAAAACGCAGAAAGCGCCACACAGGUGUUAGUGUGGAUCGUAAAAUCCCUGAAAAAGAAGAUAGUGGUAGAGACUCGGCCUUACUAGGAAGUCAAGGAAAAGAAGAGAAACUAGAUGAACAGCUAAGUCGGUCCCCGAGUUUGGAACAGUCGAGAUCAGACACAGAAGUUUGUGUACAAGAAUUCUCAGAACCCGUCAAAAGUAAAUUAGAUAUAAAUGCCAGCGAGCAGGAAAUCUUCGAUUCACCAAGGUUUCGGCAAUUUGAUCUCAAUAAUCACGAUCCCAGUAGCUUGGUUCCUGUAAAAGAUUGUCAGUCGAUGCAUUACGAUAAUGAGGAACAACAGUGCAUGUCCUGUUCAGAUAUCAAAACUGACAAAAUAGAGUCAGUUGAGAAUGACAUAUCGAGUAAACAUUCCGAUCGAAAUGAUGUUCAUUUGGAGACUCAAUAUGGGAGUGCUGUGUGGGACAUAUUUCGUAGGCAGGAUGUACCGAAGCUAACAGAGUACCUAAAGAAACAUCAUAAAGAAUUUCGCCACAUAACUAAUCUUCCAGUAAAUUCUGUGAUUCAUCCUAUUCAUGACCAGAUCCUUUAUUUAAAUGAGAAGCAUAAGAAGCAACUAAAGCUGGAAUAUGGGGUUGAACCGUGGACGUUCGAGCAACAUCUUGGGGAGGCUGUUUUCAUACCUGCCGGAUGCCCACAUCAAGUGAGAAAUCGAAAGUCUUGCAUAAAAGUGGCUAUGGACUUCGUUUCACCUGAGAAUGUUCAGGAAUGCGUUCGAUUGACAGAGGAAUUUCGGUUACUUCCAAAAAACCAUAGAUCUAAAGAAGAUAAAUUAGAGAUAAAGAAGAUGGCACUCUAUGCUGCUGAUGUUGCUACCGCUGAAGCCAUUAAACUGAUGGAAGCUAAAUGAGGCGAUCUUGCAGUUUUUCCGAUGAAGCCGAAGUCCGCCAGCAACAACUUUUUCAUAAAUUUUCGAAAAUUUCAUGAAGGUUGAAGUUGAAUGUUGUUGGUUGGUUCUGAUGUGUAGAAUAAGGCCAAGUACUCAUGCAUUUAUGAAGAACGGUGUGUAUCAAAGUUUCUUUGUUGUUGGAAAAUAGUACUAGACAGUUUUUGAAUAUUUGUAGCUAGAACUAUGGAGAUAAUAAUUUGACAUGCAUGUUGGUUGUAUCAUUUUAUGUUGAAAUUUAAUUAAAUUCUAUAAUGUUUGUUUUGAUUUUGUAA